AUCUUGAUGUCGGGUGGUGCGAGGGCGGGCAUCGCUACGAACUCCAAAUUGGCAUCUCCAACCAACUUCCUUGCCAACCACAGGAAAGGUUUCUCGAAGUUGUAGUUACUCUUUGCGCUUAUAUCAUAGUACUGGAGGUUCUUUUUCCGAUGGAAAACGAUGGCUUUGGCUUUGACUUUUCGAUCUUUGAUAUCAACUUUGUUUCCACACAAUACAAUGGGAAUAUUUUCACACACGCGGACAAGAUCUCUGUGCCAAUUUGGGACAUUUUUGUAUGUCACACGAGAUGUGACAUCAAACAUAAUGAUGGCGCAUUGUCCUUGAAUGUAGUAACCAUCUCUCAGACCGCCGAAUUUCUCCUGACCAGCUGUAUCCCACACAUUGAAAAUGAUCUCACCACGAGUUGUGUGAAAUUUCAAAGGAUGGACCUCAACUCCAAGAGUGGCGACGUAUUUCUUCUCAAAUUCUCCAGUAACAUGUCUUUUGACAAAUGUUGUCUUUCCGACACCACCAUCUCCCACCAAAACAAGUUUAAAAGUCGGGAUUUCAUCUGCCAUUGUGAAACGGUGUGGUUUAGCAAAAUGGCGCGCCUGCUAAGAACGUCACUCUUUAAAGGUGGAGGUAGGAAAAUUACAAUGCGCGCUAUAUAUGCGCACUGGGAAAACGUACUUCCGGAGUAAACACUUUGUGGAAAUCUUGGGAAAAUGGACGAGUUACAAAAGCUAGAGUAUCUGUCUUUGGUUUCUAAAGUUUGUACUGAACUUGAGAACCAUUUGGGACUCAACGAUAAGGAUUUAGCUGAAUUUAUCAUACAUCUGGCAGAGAAGAAUGAUACCUAUGAAAAAUUCAAAAAAGCUUUAGACGAAAAUGGUGCAGAGUUUGCUGAUUCCUUGGUGGCAAAUUUGUUGAGGUUGAUUCAGAAAAUGAAACCAAAAGAAAAGAAGGAAAUCAAAAAAGAGGAAGUCGACAGCGAGACUGUCCAAAGUGACAUAGAUAUUAAAAAGAAGCUCUUUCCUGGUCUGGCCAUGGCUAAUGACCCAAAAGUCAGGAUCAUGCUAGUGGAUGAAGAUGAAGAAAAACCAAUCAAAAUAGAGACAGUGGAGGAUGUUAAGCCAAUCAAAAUGGAUAAAAGUGACACAGAUGUGGCUGGUGAUAUGUUAAAUGAGUUAGAGGCUCUGAUGAAUGACCCAGCCCCAACACGGCAAGUUAGGGAGAGAGACAAACAAAAAAACAGAAAUCGAAGUCGCGAUCGAGACAGAAGUCGGAGCCGAGACAGAAGUCGGAGCCGAGAUCGAGACCGAAGGAGAAGAAGGAGUAGGUCUAGAGAGAAGUCGAGAUCAAGGAGUCGAGACAGAGAUAGGCGAAGACAUAAAUCAAGGUCACGCGAAAGAGAUGACAGGCGACGAGAACGACGGAGGUCUAGGAGUCGUGACCGAGACAACAGGAAAGGAAGACAGAGGAACAGAGAGGAAUUUCCUAUGAAUCCUGAACCGGGAAGGAUUUACAAUGGACGAGUAACUACGCUUAUGCAGUUCGGUUGUUUCGUUCAGUUAGAGGGCUUAAGAAAAAAGUGGGAAGGACUUGUUCACAUAUCACAGUUAAGAAGAGAAGGAAGAGUCACAAAUGUCAGUGAUGUAGUGCAAAGAGGUCAGAAGGUCAAGAUCAAAGUGUUAUCUGUUAAUGGCCAGAAAACCAGUUUGUCCAUAAAGGAUGUAGACCAGGAGACAGGUGAGGACCUAAACCCUUCAAAGACCAAGACUUUAGUGGGCGGGGAAAUUCACAACAAUCAAGUGGAGGCCAGGAACCCUGAUCGCCCCUCCACCAUGCCUCUGGUCGACCAUGUCCCAGACAUUGACGACGUGGGCGAGAAAAAGCGAUAUCAACGAAUGUCUUCUCCGGAGAGAUUCGAAAUUCAACAGAUGAUUGCAGCUAAUGUCAUCGAUAAGUCAGAGUUGCCAGAUUUUGAUGAGGAAAUGGGAGUGUUGCUGAAGGACGAUGAUUCUGAUGAGGAUAUUGAGAUAGAGCUCAAGGAAGAAGAACCACCAUUUUUGACAGGGCAUGGUCGAGGUGGACUUGAUCUUAGUCCUGUUAAAAUUGUCAAGAAUCCUGAUGGAUCGCUGUCACAAGCCGCAAUGAUGCAGAGUGCUCUCCAAAAGGAGAGGCGGGAACUGAAACAGGCACAGAGAGAGGCUGAAAUGGACGCCGUGCCAUCAGGACUGAACAAGGACUGGAUUGAUCCCAUGCCAGAGGGGGGAGACAGGAAGUUAGCCGCCCAGAUGAGGGGCGCUGGAAUGGCUCCAGCAGACUUACCGGAGUGGAAAAGGCACAUUACUGGGGGUCAGAAGGCCUCCUAUGGAAAGAAGGAAAAGAAGUCACUCUUAGAACAGCGGCAAAGUCUGCCCAUAUAUAAACUUAAAGAUGAGCUAGUCAAGGCAGUUUCAGACAACCAGGUUUUGAUUGUCAUUGGGGAGACGGGGUCCGGGAAAACCACACAGAUUACACAAUACCUCGCCGAGGCUGGUUACACAACGUCGGGGAAGAUCGGCUGUACGCAGCCACGACGAGUCGCUGCCAUGUCGGUAGCUAAGAGGGUAUCCGAAGAGUUCGGUUGUCGGCUCGGUCAGGAGGUGGGUUACACAAUUCGUUUUGAGGAUUGCACGAGUCCCGAGACGAAGAUCAAAUACAUGACAGACGGAAUGAUGCUGAGAGAAUGCCUGAUCGAUGGCGACCUGACGCAGUACAACAUCAUAAUGUUGGACGAAGCUCACGAGCGUACUAUUCACACUGACGUGCUGUUUGGAUUACUGAAAACGGCUGUUCUAAAGCGACCCAAACUGAAGCUGAUUGUGACGUCCGCUACUCUGGAUGCCGUCAAAUUCUCCCAGUACUUCUUUGAAGCUCCAAUUUUUACCAUCCCGGGAAGAACCUACCCAGUUGAGGUUCUGUACACGAAGGAAGCAGAGACAGACUACCUCGACGCCUCGCUGAUUACAGUCAUGCAGAUUCACCUGAUGGAACCGCCAGGUGACAUCCUUCUGUUUUUGACGGGUCAGGAGGAGAUUGAUACAGCCUGUGAGACACUGUAUGAACGGAUGAAGGCCCUGGGGCCAGAAGUCCCAGAGCUGAUCAUCCUCCCUGUGUACAGUGCGUUACCCAGUGAAAUGCAGACCAGGAUAUUUGAACCCACACCUCCAGGAUCCAGGAAGGUAGUCAUAGCUACUAAUAUUGCGGAGACUUCCCUAACCAUUGAUGGUAUUUAUUAUGUGGUGGAUCCAGGAUUCGUGAAACAAAAAGUUUACAACUCUAAGACUGGCAUGGAUCAGCUGAUCGUCUCGCCUAUAUCUCAGGCUCAGGCCAAACAAAGAGCUGGUCGGGCAGGACGAACUGGUCCUGGGAAAUGUUAUCGUCUCUACACUGAGCGGGCAUACCGAGAUGAGAUGCUGCCGACCAACGUCCCCGAGAUUCAGAGAACAAACUUGGCCAGCACUGUUCUGUCUCUGAAGGCCAUGGGUAUAAACGACCUCCUGUCCUUCGACUUUAUGGAUGCUCCUCCAAUGCAGACCCUGAUAUCUGCCAUGGAACAGCUCCAUGCACUCAGUGCUCUGGACGAUGAAGGUCUCCUAACAAGGCUGGGAAGAAGGAUGGCAGAGUUUCCUUUGGAACCCAUGUUGUCCAAGAUGCUGAUCAUGUCCGUCCACUUGGCCUGCAGUGACGAGAUUUUGACAGUUGUCUCCAUGUUGUCAGUCCAAAACGUCUUCUACAGACCAAAGGAUAAACAGGACUUAGCUGACCAGAAGAAGGCUAAAUUCCACCAAUCAGAGGGAGAUCACAUCACACUGCUGGCUGUGUACAAUUCCUGGAAGAACAACAAGUUCUCCAGUCCAUGGUGCUACGAAAAUUUUGUACAGAUCCGAACUCUGAAGAGAGCUCAAGAUGUCCGUAAACAGAUGUUGGGUAUAAUGGACAGACACAAGUUAGAUGUCGUCAGCUGUGGUAAGAAUACUGCUCGGGUUCAGAAGGCUAUUUGCAGUGGGUUUUUCCGGAACGCGGCAAAGAAGGAUCCCCAAGAGGGGUAUCGAACCCUUGUUGACAGUCAGGUGGUGUACAUCCACCCGUCCAGUGCCCUGUUUAACAGGCAACCUGACUGGGUGAUUUACCACGAACUUGUACUGACUACCAAGGAAUACAUGAGGGAGGUGACAGCCAUUGAUCCGAAGUGGUUAGUGGAGUUUGCCCCCAAUUUUUUCCGCUUCAGUGACCCCACAAGACUCAGUAAACAGAAGAAACAGCAGAAAAUCGAGCCUCUGUACAACAAAUACGAGGACCCGAAUUCCUGGAGAAUCUCGAGAGCGUUCAAGAAAGUCCACACCAAAGUCACCUUCUAAAUCUGUGUCCUCAAUUAACUCAUUUCAUUUCCAUCAUGUGCUCAUGACAUUACAGACUCUAUUUGGUUUUGUUUUUUGUAACACAUAAAAUUACAAUUGAGGAAUUUUUAUGUGUAUUGGAUAUUGUUUUCUGUGAUACAGGAAAUAAAUGAUAAGGAGAAAAA